UACUGAGGCGCCUUCAAUCAUGCUCCCAAUUUCAUCGCUCUCUAUCUUCGCCAAUAAAUCGAAAAGCUAACAUGGGGCAACAGCAAUCCAAGGACGAGUUAUUGUACAGACAUGCCGUCGAUGGAAACAUCGAAGCUAUCAGCACACUCCGUAGAGAUGGCACCAGCCUUGAGUGGGUAGACAGAGAGGGAAAGACUCCACUAAUUGCAACCUGCAUGAGUUCCGAACGCUUUGCGACUGCUAGAACAUUGAUUGAACUUGGUGCUGAUGUUAAUGCCUAUCGGCCCGGGCAUAAUGCUGGCACACCGCUGCACCAUGCAGCUAGCAGAGGUCUAGAUAAUAUUGUUCAGUUGCUUCUUUUCCACGGAGCAAAUGCUUUGGUUAAGAAUGAUGACUCCCAAACUCCUCUUCAAGUUGCUCGGGUGAAGGGCUUUAGCAACGUUGUGCGUACCAUUGAGAGCCACAUUUGUAUUUUCUCGGGGUGGCUGAGAGAAUUUUAUGGCCCAAGCUUUCUUGAAGUGUUGGCUCCUAAAUUGUUAUCAAGAAAGAUCUGGGCUGUAGUUGUUCCACAUGAUUCUACAAAGCCUCUUAAACUGGAACUGGCAAUAUAUUCUUCCUUACAGGAUGCCCAACCUCGGACUGUCAUUUCUUUAUGGAGGACCAAUGUCGAAGAACCAAAUUUCCAACAAGUGGAUCCUGCAGUGAUAAUAUCUGACAAGUCCACAAAAUCUCAGUAUAAGUUUGCAUCUGGAAGCCACGGCGACAAACAUCAACUUCACUUCCUAUACAAAGCUUGCAUUGGUGUUCAGGUGACCCGUCCCGACAUAGCAGACAAUUUCCAAAUGAGAGUACUAGAAUCUGCAGCUGAAACUGCUGCCGAGGCAAUGGAAUUAGCCAGAGGAAUCAGUGCUUCCAUUCAAUCUUCAACAGAAGCUAGGGAACCACGUACUGUUAUUGCCCACAGCUCCGAAGCAAAAAAUGCGAAUGGUUGGGGCUCAGUUGUUAGACCCACACCAUCAGACAUGAGCUUCCAGGGAUGGGGGAAUGAACCACCAAAAGUCCGAGAUAAUGAAUGGGGAAAUGGCGUAGAUGGGUCCAAUCAUUAUGGAAAGGUCUCACCUCAGAGCUGAGUUGCAAUGGAUGGAUAGAUGAACCCUCCAUAGAAUAGUACAGUGGAUGGGCAAUAUCAGGGUCAAAGCCUCCACCUGCUGAUGCCUUGGCCAAAGUUCAGUGCAAUGGAUGGGAGAGUGCUGCUCAAAAUCCUACUCAGGAUCCAAGAGGAUCAACUAGCAGACUAACAUCCUCGGAUGUUUACAGCAGUGAAUGGAUCGAUAAUCCCACCAAAGAAAAUAGUAGAAGGCGGGAUAAUGUGCAUGGAAGAAGUCCUGGCAAGAAUCAACUUGACAACAGUGGAACUCAAGACGGUAUACACCAUACAACAGAUUUUGCAGUGCCUUCAGCUCCACCAGCUCCCGAGCCAGUAUUAAGUGAAAGAUCAGUUCAUUAUCCAACCAUAGAUCUUACUCCAGUGGAAUUCUCGUCUUCUCCUGUAGAUGAGCAAGAAGGUUUACAGAAAACAGAUAAACUACACAAUUCUCCAUUGUGCAUAAUAUGUUGGGAAUCUCCUGUUGAGGCAGCAUGCGUUCCCUGCGGUCACAUGUUUGGCUGCUUGUCAUGCUCAAAUGAUAUCAAAAGCAGGAAAGGGGAUUGCCCUGUUUGUCGACAGAUGAUUGAUCAGGUCAUAAAGCUCUAUGCAGUCUAAGAGGUAAGAACAGUCAUUUCUACAAUUUGCUUGUGUUGGAAAUGCUGGAAAAUAUCUGUCUUGGGCAGCCAUAUUUACUCUUAGAAAGUUAUAGCCUUGAGAAGAGGAGUAGUUUCUGGUAUUUUGUAUACACCUUUCUAAAGCUUUCUUUAUGUCUAUAUAUAUGGUUGUAAUCUGGAGUACUUGAUAUAGAUGUGAAAUAUUGUUUUCUAAAAUUCCGUUCUACAGUUUUAACAGCUUGGAACGAACUUUCUUCUAAUUUGGAAGAUUUAUGUAUAUCAUGCUUGAGACUAUUAAUAUCAAAGUUAUCUAAUUUGGAAGAUUUAUGUA